CCAUUGGUCAGAAGUGGCUCUGCUACCAUAAAGAGGGAUGAGUUUCCAGCUGAGCUGGCACCUAAUACCCUAUAUACCAAAUUUAUUCUUUACUAUUUGGUACUUCCUUCUUGUUUCCCUCAUUGUCCUUUAAAUCCAGUAGGAUUUCUCCCAAAGCCAGCUCCACUCACUCUAACUGGGAUUAAUAUUCUGAGACAUUUGGACCUCUGUGGUACAGGCAGGACUUCAGUUUCAUCUUACAACAGUGAGUUUACAAGGUGAAGAUCAAAAACAGGCAAAAUGUCUGAGGGAAAGAAAAUGUCAUCCAGCCGCAGGCAUCAUUUAAAGAGCUUGGUGCUGCAGGUUGCUACUAAAUAUCUUGAGCAGGAGAAGACGGACAUUGCAGCUGCAAAAGAGGCCUAUCUCGCUGAAAAUUGCCCAGAACCUGAGCUGAGUGGAGACCAGGCUGCCCUGAUGGAAAUCUGCAAAAAGCUCCAACAGGCCAUCGACAAAAUCGAUGAGGACAGAUAUGAUGUUGAGGCCAAAGUUCAAAAGGCCGACAAAGAGAUUGAGGAUCUAAAGCUGAAGGUGGUGGACCUGGCUGGAGUGAAGAAACCUGCCCUGAAAAAAGUGCGUAUGUCAGCUGACACCAUGCUGAAAGCACUGCUUGGGUCCAAACACACGGUCAACAUGGACCUGAGGGCCAACCUGAAGCAGGUCAAGAAGGAAGUCAAAGAGGAGCCAGCUGAGGCAAUCGGGGACUGGCGUAAAAACAUAGAAGACAAGGCUGAUAGGAAGAAGAUGUUCGAAUCAGCCUAAAACCCUCCUGGACCAGAGAUGACGAUGGCAGCACAGAUGCUGAUAUCUUAGAGAUUUAUUGUCUCUGUGGUUCCUGUUGGCAUCUAGGGACAACUGUUCAGGAGCCAUUUAGUUGUGAUAUUGUUGAUUCCUGACAGAGACUCAACCAAACCAAAAAGAACCAUCCUGUAACCUGUUUUAAGACCUCUGGCAGUUCAAAAUGUUCCACUUUUCACCGACACAGUAAGAAAUAAAUAUUCUGAAUUAUUCCACCCAUCAAA